UGGGGAAGGCUGUAUGACUGGGAUAGCUCCAUACAUCUCCUCCUUCACCCCUGCUGUAGACACACUCAACCAUUUCUCUACAGAGCUAUCAGACCUUAAAUAUUUAUCAUAACGUUUUUUUUUUUUUACAUACCUGCUCACUGUCAGAGAUGCAGAACCUGGAUCCUGACCAGGUACAGGCUACAAAAAUCUGGCUGGCCAGAGAGCUGAGAUCAUGUGGUCAGUGCAUUACAGGUGAGGCUGAGACAGAAACAGGAAAAUAAACAGACGUGACAUUUAACUCUUACUACCAAUAUUUUUUGAGGAGGGAUGCCCACUUCAGCCCAAAUACUUCUAUACACCCCAGCACUAAUUCUACAAUAACUGAUGUAUCUGGAAAAAAAGAAGGAAAGAAAGAACUAAAGAAAGAAGUUAAAAAAGGAGAGAAAGACAAACAGAAAGAUGGCAGGAAAGAAAGAAAGACAGACAGACAGACAGAAAGAUGAAAGGUAAGAAAGAAAGAAAGAAAGAAAGAAAGAAAGAAAGAAAGAAAGAAAGAAAGAAAGAAAGAAAGAAAGAAAGAAAAAGAAAGAAAGACAGACAGAAAGAAGAAAAGACAGACAGAAAGAAGGAAAGAAAGAAAGACAGACAGAAAGAAGAAAAGACAGACAGACAAAAAAGGAAAGAAAGAAAGACAGACAGAAAGAAGAAAAGACAGACAGACAGAAAGAAGGAAAGACAGACAGAGAGACAGAAAGAAGGAAAGACAGACAGACAGACAGAAAGAUGGAAGGAAAGAAAGAAAGACAGAAAGAAACAGAAUAGACUGAGAAGUAGAAAGAAAGACAGACAGUAAGAAAGACAGAGAAAGAAGGAAGAAAAGACAGAAAGUAAAAAGGAAAGAAAGACAGACAGACAGACAGAAAGAAGGAAAGAAACUGAUGCGAUAGCUCUCUCUCUCUCUCUCUCUCUCUCUCUCUCUCUCUCUCUCUCUCCUCCUCCUCCUCCUCUCUGAUGCUGGAGGAUCUGAUUCAGGAUGUGAUUGGUUGGGAGGAGUCGGUCUCUCCUGCUUGGUUUUUGUUUAAAACACCGCUGUUCCGCUGUUAGUGAUGAGAAGCGGCAGCGCGCAUCUGUCAGGGCGGAAGGUCGGAACGCUCCCGGUCUCUCGGUUCGGGCUGAUCGUGCAUGUGAAAGUGCCUUGCUGCUGCUGCUGCUGCUGCUGCUGCUGUGGUUGUUGCUGUGUUUGUUGUUGUGUUCUGAAGAUGCCGAGAGGAUUUUUGGUGAAGAGGAGCCGAAAAGCGGCGCCCAUGUCCUACCGGAUCCGGUGCAGCGAGCACGAGAAUGAGGAUGCGCGCGAGACUCAGGUGUACGUGCAUAAACCGGGUGAUGCGCGCGGCGGACCGGACCUUGCAUCCCUGGUUGCAUCAGCACCGCGAGCGGACAGCCUGAGCCAGCCGGUGCGUUUUGGAAACCCGGACACGUUAAGCCAGUCCGUGUACAGUCCCACCCGCCCGGUGAGUCGCGAGCAGCGGGUUUCCAUCGGCUCCCCGGUCUCGGCCGAGUCGUACCCGGUGCGUUUCGACCAGCAGCUUGGGUACGCGCCGAUGGACCUGAAAAUCAGCGCGAGCAACAGCGCGGGCGUCACCGCGAGCAAACGCGCGCACCCGGAGCCUGAGCGCAAAAGCAAACCGGCGCCCAAAAAAGCCAAAGCAAUGCGCAAGCUGCAGUUCGAGGACGAGGUGACGACCUCCCCCGUGCUCGGUCUGAGGAUCAAGGAGGGUCCGGUGGAGCAGAAAGUCGGGGCGGACAAACAGCUGGGUGAGUUCGUGUGCCGCCUGUGCGGAGAGGCGUACGCGGACCCGUUCGCGCUGGCGCAGCACCGGUGCUCUCGCAUCGUGCGGGUGGAGUACCGGUGCCCCGAGUGCGACAAGGCUUUCAGCUGCCCGGCUAACCUGGCAUCACACCGGCGCUGGCACAAACCCAAACACAGCAAUCAGACCGGGGGUGAGGGCACCGACAAGAAAUCACGCGCAACCGAGCACGGAAGGAGCUGUUUCGGCAAAGAGCCGCGAGCUGAGCUCGAGCAGGACCGCAACACACCCAGCCCCGGCGUCUCCGAGUCGGGAUCAGGAUCGGGCUCGGAUUUGGACGGCCUGUACGAGUGUCAGCGCUGCGUCAGAAAGUUCAAGCGGCAGGCGUACCUGAAGAAGCACAUCCAGACACAUCACACGGUCCUAAGUCUCAAGAACCACGCGCCGGGUCAGGAACCCGAACAGAAACACGUGGAGCAGGCACAGCCCCCAGUGCAGGCGCAGGUACCGCUGGACUCGAUCGUGUGUCCGGUCUGUGGGGAGACCUUCCCCAGCCGCAUGGCGCAGGAGCGGCACGUCCGCGUGCAUCACGCCUCACACGUGUACCCCUGCAAGCACUGCCCGGCCGCCUUCUACAGCUCACCGGCGCUCACACGCCACAUCAACAAGUGCCACCCGUCAGAGAACCGGCAGGUGAUUCUGCUGCAGGUGCCGGUGCGUCCCGCCUGCUGAGAACGCCAGCGUGCCUUUGAACAUUGUAGAAAAACUCUCCAGAUGUUUGUAGGAGGAAACGGCUCGCCUCUUUAAUGCUAUAUAAUCCUAGUUUAUCGUUUAUGAAGGAAGUGCACAGCAAAGCAAAGUGUUUCAGCGCUCAGACCGGAUUAGCAUAUUAGUGAGUCCCAGGGUGAUUCCAUCUUUUAUAGACGCU